UUGCCACACGGUUGCCUUGGAGACGGCGGGUGCCCUGGCCCCGCCCCACUCGGACUGACAGCGGUGGCCGCAUCGCGCUUGCGCAGAGCUUUCGUCCCCCGCAGUCUCUGUGCGUUGACGCCGGAGACCGCGGCGGCCUCUGCUAGGACCCUCCGUCCCGGAGCCUCCGGCCGGAGCCGCAGCCUCUGCCGCAGCUCCCCCGCCGCCCGUCCCUCCCUACCACCUCCGCCGGAGCGGCCUCGCACACUCUGGGGUAUGGCCGUCAAUGUGUACUCCACAUCCGUGACCAGUGAAAAUCUGAGUCGCCAUGAUAUGCUUGCAUGGGUCAAUGAUUCCCUGCACCUCAACUAUACCAAGAUAGAACAGCUCUGUUCAGGGGCAGCCUACUGCCAGUUCAUGGACAUGCUCUUCCCUGGCUGUGUGCACUUGAGGAAGGUCAAGUUCCAGGCCAAACUAGAACACGAAUACAUCCACAACUUCAAGGUGCUGCAAGCAGCUUUCAAGAAGAUGGGUGUUGACAAAAUCAUUCCUGUAGAGAAAUUAGUGAAAGGAAAAUUCCAAGAUAAUUUUGAGUUUAUUCAGUGGUUUAAGAAAUUCUUUGACGCAAACUAUGAUGGAAAGGAUUACAACCCUCUGCUGGCGCGGCAGGGCCAGGACGUAGCACCACCUCCUAACCCAGGUGAUCAGAUCUUCAACAAAUCCAAGAAACUCAUUGGCACAGCAGUUCCACAGAGGACAUCCCCCACAGGCCCCAAAAACAUGCAGACCUCUGGCCGACUCAGUAAUGUGGCCCCACCCUGCAUCCUCCGGAAGAAUCCUCCAUCAGCCCGGAAUGGCGGCCAUGAGGCUGAUGCCCAGAUACUUGAGCUCAACCAACAGCUGCUGGACUUGAAGCUGACAGUUGAUGGGUUGGAGAAAGAGCGAGACUUCUAUUUCAGCAAACUGCGUGACAUUGAGCUCAUCUGCCAGGAGCACGAAAGUGAAAACAGCCCUGUUAUCUCUGGCAUCAUCAGCAUUCUCUAUGCUACUGAGGAGGGAUUUGCACCCCCAGAGGACGAUGAGAUUGAAGAACAUCAACAGGAAGAUCAGGACGAGUACUGAGGGUGGUACCAGCCCUGGCUGACUGUGUGGCUUCCCAUGCCUCCCCUCCCUAUGUCCACCCCCACAUUAUAGUCCUCUCCUUACAGCCAGUCAGCCAGCCUGGUGCUUUGUGUCAGUGCUGCAGCAUUGGGAAGCUGGGCGAGCAGGGCUUGGGAGGUUGGGGCAGGUGAGAGGACAAGGGCCUGUCUGGGUCCUCCAAGUGGCACUGGCCCAGGGGGCAUCCAGGACCCCUGCCAACUUCCUACCCCUAUUUAUUUCCGUUGUCUCUAUGCUGUGUUGGCCAACACUUUCCAGGGGGCUGCUGCCACCCAACAGCCAGCCGCCUGCUCCCCUGACAGCCAGCAGCUGUAUAUUUGACAAAGUCAUUGGUAUAUUUUUACUUACUGGAUUGUCCUUGCACUUUACCUGUUCUUUUCCAGGGCUGACAGCAGGACUUGGGAAGUCUUCCUGGCUUGGCUCCCCUUCCGUAUAGCCAAGGCUAGGGCAGGACUCACCAAUUCUUUUUUAUUUUAUCUUUUGAAUUCCCUCCCAGUCAUUGAGGGGAAGGCUAAUAUGAGGAGAGUUGGGGAGGGCCGAGGAGGCAGUGCUGUGGUUAUGGGGAUCAGGGAGAGGGGGGAGCAUGUGAGGGACAGAAAUGACCUCCUGGCACUGGGCUCACCCACCCAAGACCUGCCCCAGCACCAAGGCCCAACACUGUCCCAAGGCUCCCUGUCUACUCCCUCCUGAAGCCUGUUCAUACCACAGAGACUCUGCCUGGCCCCCACUGUCUGUCCUCCAUCUCUCCCCCCACCUCCCCAACCUCUGCCCCUUGGGCACCAGCCUGCAUAUGUGUUCACUUUUAUUUAAAUAAAUUCAUGUGGUAAAAGUCCA